UUUACAAUGCCAUAAAUGAAGGAAUCAAGCUCCCAAUCAAUUGGAACUUGAGCCCAGAAAACUCAAAUGUAUAGCCAUUAGCAUAGCACCCCCAUUGGUCUUGGACCACAUUCAAAACUUCAUAGUUCAACCUUCUAUAUUUUAUGAAAGAAAACCCGUUUCCUCUACCAGUUCAACAUAACACCACAACACUGCCCUCUUCAACCCCACUCCCCCCCCAAAAAAAGAGAGAAAAUGAGAUUCUUUUUGAGGAGCUUCUGCUUCUCUUAAACGCCGCUACCGCCCAUUUCUUUUUUUUCCCCUUCCACACGGACACUCAUACUCUUCUAACAAGAAAACUUGAUUUCAGAUCUUCUUUUUAAACGGCAUUCAUUUCUUGGCGGUUGGGUUUAGAAAUAUGGUGGCAGAAGCUUGGAUUUUGAAGAUGGGAAACCAGGUAAGUAGCAAUCUUAAGCACGCACUUCUUCUAGAAUCUUACAAGAAAAAGAACAGCCACAGCCACAGCCACAACCAUAACCACCCAAGAAAUAAACAGGAUUCGAAAGAAAAACAAAUCAUUGGUAUCUUGUCUUUUGAGGUUGCUAAUGCUUUGUCUAAAACUGUACACCUUUAUAAAUCCCUCACUGAUUCUGAGAUCUCGAAGCUUAAAAAUGAGAUCUUGAAAUGCGAGGGAGUCAAGAACUUGGUGUCCAAUGAUGAAAGUUACCUUAUUCAGCUUGCUUUAGCUGAGAAACUUGAUGACUUGAACAGGGUAGCUAAUGUUGUUUCUAGGCUGGGAAAGAAGUGUGUCGAGCCUGCUUUGCAGGGUUUUGAGCAUGUUUAUGCGGAUAUUAUUAGUGGGGUUAUUGAUGUGAAGGAAUUGGGGUUUUUGGUUAAGGAUAUGGAGGGUAUGGUUAAGAAGAUGGAGAGGUAUGUGAAUGCGACUUCUAAUUUGUAUAACGAACUGGAGGUUUUGAAUGAAUUGGAGCAGGCUACCAAGAAAUUUCAGCAGAAUCAACACGAGGAGAGUCGAAGGGCGUUUGAGCAGAAACUUAUUUGGCAGAAGCAGGAUGUGAGGCAUCUUAAGGAGAUUUCUCUUUGGAACCAGACAUGUGAUAAGGUUGUUGAAUUGCUGGCUAGGACUGUGUGCACUAUUUACGCGAGGAUCUCUACUGUUUUUGAGGAAUCUAAGUUGCAAAAGAAGGGCCCUGGGGCUGCUGAAGGGGCCUGUUCCUCCCCUCCUAUGAAGGAAGAAUGCGGGGAGGUUUCAGAUCAUAUUGGUGAUUUACUUAGUUCGCAAAGGAUUUCAGGACCGCUGAGACGGGCUGUUACCAAGAGAAGUAGCGAUGGGUGUCAAUCGGGACCCAUUGAGAGAGCCAUGAUGGAGAAGAGGGAGACACAUUUUAAGCCUCAGAUUGCUUCACGGAAAGGUGAAGUUGAUCUAUUAUUUCGAACUGAAGAUAUUGUUUUUCCAUGUGGGACUAGUCCUGGAAGGCUUUUUUUGGAUUGCCUCAGUUUAAGUAGUUCAGCUUCAAAGUUUGAUGAUGAUGAAAGCUGCGUUGUUGUGGACGAGGACCAGAGGAGCCAAAUUUCCCGUUGUUAUAGUGUUGGCAAUGGUAGUUUGAAGAGAGAGAACCCAAGCCCUUCAAGCUGUUCCAAUCAGGGUGUCUCUUUUAGUGGAGAUCAAAGAAAUGCCAGGUGUGGUGCGAUGAAUAAUGCACGGUUUGGCGCCAAAAGUAGGUUGAUGGUGUAUGCUCCCCCUUCCACUAUUGGAGGAUCUGCCUUGGCCUUGCAUUAUGCAAAUGUCAUAAUUGUUAUAGAGAAGCUGCUACGCUAUCCCCAUUUAGUGGGUGAGGAAGCGAGGGAUGACUUGUAUCAGAUGUUACCGUCAAGUUUAAGAAUGUCUCUGAGGACUAACCUCAAGUCCUACGUGAAGAAUCUUGCUAUAUAUGAUGCUCCACUUGCCCAUGACUGGAAAGAUACUCUUGAUGGGAUACUGAGGUGGCUUGCUCCUCUUGCUCAUAACAUGAUCAGGUGGCAAAGUGAGCGUAAUUUUGAGCAGCACCAAAUUGUGAAGCGGACAAAUGUUCUUCUGCUUCAGACAUUGUAUUUUGCUGACAGGGGAAAGACGGAGACAGCUAUUUGUGAACUUCUUGUUGGGUUGAAUUAUAUAUGCCGUUAUGAACAUCAGCAGAAUGCGUUGUUAGAUUGUGCAAGUAGUUUUGAUUUUGAAGACUGCAUGCAAUGGCAAUUGCAGUGCCGAGCUUCUUUUGUUGAUUAAUUAUCUUAAUUAAUCUGAUUACCUGAAGGAGGUUGUAAAUUGUAGUUGUUGACUCCUUAUACUUGAAUGAAGACACAAAUGACAGUUCAAAUAGGAUGAACAUUCAAGCUUUUCACGCGAUGACUUACAUUAUUGAAGUCCUUGAUUGAUUAAUGUCUUUCACCGCCAGGUAUGGGAAGUUUUGAGUUUUGAAGUACACAUUCAAUUAUUUAUGAGAAAAUCUCUCUGUUCUGCAGAGUUCGUAUAUAUCUGGGUGUACAAUUUGUAUUUCUUUACUUAUCAAAGUUUCUGUGAAAUUUGCAAGUAGAGGUUUAAUUCAUGGAAUCAGGUCAUUGGAGAUAUAAUCGCUGAUGUCAAGUUUCUAUUUCUUAAUUUUCUGAUUAAUGUUUGCA